CCCAGGCUCUGGGUUCUCUCAGGAACCUGGAGGAACUGCUCCUUCCCAGUGGGGACGGGAUUCACCACGUGGCCAAACUGAUUGUCCGGCAAUGUCUGCAGCUUCGGUGUCUCUGAGUUCUUGCCUUUAAGGAGACUUUGGAUGAUGACAGUGUGAUGGAAAUCGCCAAGGGAGCAACCAGUGGAGGUUUCCAGAAACUUGAGAACUUAGAUCUUUCAAUGAAUCACAAGAUUACAGAGGAAGGGUAUAGACAUUUCUUUCAAGCCCUGGACAACCUGCCAAGCUUACAAGUGCUCAACAUCUGCAGGCAAAUCCCAGAUUCCAUCCAAGUUCAGGCUACCACAGUCAAGGCUCUGAGUCAGUGUGUGUCCCGACUGCCCAGGCUCACCAGGCUUGAGAUGCUCAGUUGGCUUCUGGACAAAGAGGACAUGAAAGUGAUUAAUGCUGUGAAGGAGAGACACCCUCAGUCCGAACGCUUGACUGUCUUCUGGAAAUGGAUAGUGCCUUUCUCUUCUGUCAUUCAGAAGUAAAGGCUGUAGCCAAAGGCUACCAGUGGUUCUAGAAACCCAAUUUUCCAAUGCAUCUCACUCUAGCUGAGGGUGGGAUAACACCAGAAUUUAGGACACUGAGGCAGGAGAUAGAAGCGUGGGUUAUAUAGUAAGACCAUUCCUCCAAACCAGAACUAAUACCAAACCAUUUUACUAAUGAUUGCAUGUACAAGACUGCUCAUUAACUAUGGAAGGCUGAUAUUUUUUUCCUUUAUUUUCAUUUUAUAUGAAUGGGUAUUUUUGCCUGCAUUUAUGUCUGUGCAUCACAUGGGUGUCUGGUGUCUGCAGAGGACCAAAAAGUGUAUUGAAUGCCCCAGGGUCUGGAGUUAUAGAUGGUUGAGGGUCUCCAUUUGGGUGCUGGGAACCGUACCUUUGUCUUACAAAAGCAACAAGUGCUCCUAAUCCCUGAAUCACCUCUCCAGCCCAAGUCCGAUGAUAUAUUAAAGCCUGCAGACCAUCACUGAACUUAGGAGCUAUGAUGAGCUAUCUUCAUAUGGUCCUUCUGUCUGAAGACUAGAGCUUCACUCAAGUUCAUUCCUAGAACCCUCCAUUGCCAAGGUCAACAGGAACGAGCAGGGAAGGGAGCAUUGAUCUAUGUAAAAGCCACAAGGAAGGAGCAUUUGAUGGAGGUAAGAAAUGGCCAGUUUAAGGAUGAGUCAGUCCCACCCAUGAUGAAGCACGAGUCGACUUUAACACAGGAUGCAGACGACUCUUUGCAGAGAAGCUCUUUAGUCUUUCUAUGGCUUCUGUAGAGUCACCAGCCUUGGUGUGGCCAUGCUUGGUCACACCAUUUCCCAUCCAUUGCCAAUGUGAGGAAGAAAUCGGGCUUAGAGAAAACAGCUUUUGUUCCAGAGGAUUUUGAGAGCUUUGCAUGUGAUGUAGUGGUCUCAAUGUUUUCUUAGGAAUCCACGGUACUUGGUAUCUAUGAUUCUAUCUAGUAAGCACUUCUAGAUGUAUUCAUGUGGUAGUUUGAAUAGGAAUGAUCUCCAUAGGCUCAUAUAUUUGAAUGCUUGAUCAUCAGGGAGUGACACUAU